CCCUACGCCAACCGCACUUAUCCGCACCGUUCCGCGCCAUCGCCCCUGAUCUCAAUCGCUCCCGUGAAGGCUGAUGACGCCUAUCGCUGUGUCUGCAGCUUAUCGCAGGUUCUCUUCGGUGGGCUGCUUUGGUGUAGGCAUGCCGUGCUUGCGCUGCGGAAUGCGUGGGGAAGAUCAAUCAGGUACGGACAGGCACGAGCGAAGCUAAUAGGAACAAACGGCAGCGUAGCGCGCCAGUGUCAUCCAAAGGGUCCUUGCAUGAUGCGUGCCAUGCGGGAUCAGCGUUUGCUGUCACGCAUGUAUCUACUGCUAGGCUUUGUGGCUUCGGUGAGUGAAUCUGCAUGCACGGAGCAAAGAGAUGGUUCAAGAAUGAGUUGGGCAACAAAAGAGUUUGAAGCUGUAGGUAGCGAGAGUAAGCACGCACGACGAGCUGGUUUCGGUGGUAUUUUCCAAGGUUGAAGGCAUGAGGUUCGGAGAUGACCUUAUCGAUAUCUCCUAGCGUACUGUACUGAAGCCAUUCACCGGGUCCUCUUCUUCAUGAAUCGUUGUCCGGACCUUUAUCCCGCGAGCAUUCACAGGUUGAUGCGCUUCCAGCAGCUCUGCACGCCGGCAUCUGCUACACGUUGUACGCUACGCUUACCAGCAACAGCUACCCCCCAUGUCCCUGCCCUUCUCAUGUAUCCAUCCCUCCACAUGUCAUACCCAUACCUCUGCAUAGCUCCCAUGCCACGGCAUGCUUUCGUCCAUGACCGCCGCUCCCGUUCCCGUGUCUUCACGCCUCCAACCAUGACUCUCUCAACCACACCUCUACUCUCCCAAUAGCACAUGCCCGAUCGUCGACAGCAUCUCGACCGCUCGAACAUCGCUCCUUGCAAGCGAAGGACGGGAGAGCGGCAGCAGAUCAUCGAUGAAGGAAAAGGUUCUAGCCCAACAUUCCCUCCUCCAAGCAGAGGGCUGGCUGUCUGUCACGAACAUGCUACAAAGGUCACGUUUGACCCCAAAAUCCACCUGACCUCCGGACCGUCCCUAGUUCAUCUUGCCAUGUCGCCCAUCUCGUGUCGGCAACGACUUGCUCUCUCCGUAUUUCUAAGACAUGGCUUUGAUCUUCAAGCUCCACGUACGUCAGACAAGCUUCACGUACAGGUACAGCAAGUAAAGAUACACGGUACAAGUACUGCAACGUACAUGUACUUAGCAAUCCUUGCCCAUGUAUAUAUGCCAGUGCACUUAUGCAUGUACCACACAUGCAAUCGAUAGCGCGCCACCAAGGAAGACAGCUAGCUGCAACGACCAUCCUUUCCCUCUCCUGGAGCCCCAUGUCAAACUAUCCAGCACCUGCAUUUCCCUCGCCUGCAAAGCGGCUGCAUCGAAUAAUGCUGUCUAGUUCUAGCACGCCCGGGAGUAUACCUCGAAGCAGUAUAACUGGCGAGCAGGGCCACGAAUGGGCUAGCGCGCGACGGGACGGGGGUUAAGUGCACGCGGGGUAUCUGGUGGGAUUCGUUGCCAGCAACAACAGCUUCGGACGACGGUGCUUCUGGACAACGUUUGCUUCCGAGUUGACCGGGAGGAUUCGAGGGAGACGGCAAGAGUAGCGUCAAUCUGCCAGUUUGCAUGUCUAAUCGAGACGAUAUCAUCUUGUUCUUUUCUUCUUCUUCUCCUGUGUAAACCGAGUCACCGAGAAUGGUUUCAAAGGCGGGAAAAUGGAACCAGCCAGCAGAUAACACGAAUAUCCUCAUACGUUGUAUUCCACUUUUCUUGCGCUUCUCAAUACAUUUGGAUGCACGACACCUCUCGUUUGGUUGGGCGCUCCUGAUUACCCAUGGACGCACCUACACCUCAACGAUCUACAGCGCCCAGGGACUUACCAACGGACAGAAGACAUGGAUAGGACUCCACUCGUCUAGACCUCGUGCCGUGCUUCCUCCGUGGAGUCUAGGCAGGGCGUCUACUAUGGGACAGGUAUCCAACGACAUAUUCCGACCCGUGUGCAUUGUCCACGACCGCUGCCAGAUGCGCCCCACUGACAAUACAUCUCGUCGCGUGCUCUCGUCUAGUUACUAUUACUGGCAUCCAAUCUCAUUCUGUUACAUGAUCGACCAUGAUGAUCUUGAGACAGUGGGCCAUGUACUAUAG